AUGAGAACAAUUCAGCUCGUCACCGCAGCCAUCACGGCCCUCUUGGCCCAUGGUGCUGCUGCCAAAGAAGUCGCCCCGGACCCGGCCGUGGCCAAGAUUUAUGACAGUGGUGCCGUCCACGAGCAGUUGAUGGCCAAGAAGCAUGCCACAUGGAACCGUGAGCUCAAAGCCGGUCACUUCAACUCCAAGAAAUGGAAGUCGCGGGGCGGUGACGGUGCCAUCCGCUGCAAGAAUGGUGUUGCGGCUGUCAUCCCCGGCGAUGCCAUGAAUACGUUCAAGUGCAACAAGGUGGACUUUUACGAUUUCGUGUCGCACGCUGACCUGGGAUCCGCCACUGGCGAGGGUUCGUCCUCGUGGGGCUGGACCAGCCGUGAUGGCCGUGAGUUUGUCGUCAUCGCUCAGGCUGAUGGCGCCGCCUUUGCCGAGAUCAACAAAAAGGGCAAGCUUGUCUACCUCGGCCGUCUUCCUCAGACCAAGGGCAUUGAGCCCCUCAUCUGGCGUGAGAUCAGGGGGUACAAGAACUUUAUCAUCAUCGGAUCCGAGGCCGCCGGCCACGGUGUCCAGGUGUUUGAUAUGAGCAAGCUUACCAAGAUCAACCCCAAGAAGCCCGUCACCUUUGACCCCGAGAAGGAUGUCACUUCCUGGUGGAACGACCUGCCCAUUGGCCGCACUCACAACGUUGUUGUCAAUGAGGAAAAGCAGUAUGCCGUCGCCGUCGGCGCUGCACCCCGCACCAGCGCUUGUCGGUCCGGCCUCAUCUUCAUCGAUCUCAAGGACCCAGCCAAGCCCAAGACGCUCGGAUGCGCCGCAGGUGAUGGAUACGUCCAUGACGCUCAGUGCCUGACAUACCGGGGUCCUGAUUUCAAGUAUUGGGGCCGGGACAUUUGCUACGGUUACAACGAGGACACCUUGACCAUCUACGAUGUUACUGACAAGAACGCCACCAACAUCAUCUCACGCACCAGUUACGAGGGAGCAGCCUAUACUCAUCAAGGCUGGGUCACUAACACUGCCUGGCAGGAGUUCCUCGUCCUUGAUGAUGAGCUUGACGAGGUUAACGGUGUCGGUCCGGCUGCCAGCGGGUAUCCAAUCACUUACUUUUGGGACAUUCGCUCUCUUGAGAGCCCCAAGCAAACUGGCUUCUUCCGGAGCGCUGCUUACGGAAUUGACCACAACCAGUUUGUCAUUGACGGUCUCUCUUACCAAAGCAACUACGGCUCUGGCUUGAGAAUUCUAGAUGUAUCAAGCUUGUCCAGGGACCCUACCGGUGCCCGAGUGAAGGAGGUUGGCUUCUUUGACAUUUACCCCGAGGAUGAUGCUCUUCCAGAGGGUGGUAUCUUGGAUUUCGUCGGCACUUGGAGUCACUACCCCUUCUUCAAGAGUGGAUUUAUUCUCAUCAACACCAUUGAACGUGGCGCCUUUGUCGUCAAGAGGGCCAAAUAA